GACGCAUACACACACCCGUGGCUGUCUGUUUUCCCCAGCUGUGACUAUCAACAGAGCAUUUCAAUCCUUUGGACUGAAGGGCAGCUCCUUCCUGGACUGCGUGUGACUAAGACGCCACAAAUAGAGAUCAAGAUGGGUGGUCCUUCGGAAUUCGAUCAUGACUACCAUUACAACGACCAUGACAACAGUUCCAACCACAGUUACUACGAUGAUGACUUUUCAGACUACCACACGGUCUGCGACAAACAAGAGAUCCGGUCCUUUGCAGGGGUCUUUUUGCCUGUGGUGUACACCCUAGCCUUGAUCCUGGGUCUGGCAGGAAAUUCACUGGUUGUCUUUGUGUACCUUUCCCACAAGCGUUUACGAACCCUGACAGAUGUCUUGAUCCUCAACCUGGCCUUCGCAGAUCUCCUCCUCCUUCUCACAUUGCCUUUCUGGGCUGCAGAUGCAGUGAAUGGCUGGGAAAUUGGCAUAGCCGCCUGCAAGAUCACCUCUGCCCUCUACACCACCAACUUCAGCUGUAGCAUGUUGCUGCUGGCCUGUAUUAGUAUUGACCGUUAUCGUGCACUAGCUAGAGGUUCCACUACUGCCCAUGUUCUGGGCAGGAACAAUGGCCGCAGGCAGAGGAUAAUAGUGUGCCUCCUAGUUUGGGCAUUGGCCAUUUUGUUAGGGUUGCCUGAUAUGGUGUUCUAUACAGUAAGACAGCAUUCUGGAGGGCGUAACGCCUGCCGAGCGGUUUACCCACACAGCAUGGCGCGAGCAGCUAAAGCCACUCUGGAAAUUUUGGAGGUGUUGCUUAGCUUCCUUCUGCCCUUCCUGGUGAUGAUGUUAUGUUAUUGCAGGGUGGGAGUGGCGCUGAGUCAUGCCGCUACAGCAGGGGUACGGGGCGGCAGGAGAUGGCGGGCAUUUCGGGUGUUGAUAGCAGUAGUGGGGGUGUUUCUGUUGACCCAGCUGCCGUACAAUGUGGUCAAACUGGUCCGAGCUCUGGAUGUGAUCUAUAUGUUGGUAACAGAAUGUGAGGUGAGCAAAAAUUUGGACAGAGUCAAUCAAAUCACAGAGAGCCUGGCCCUUACGCAUUGCUGCCUGAAUCCAGUGCUUUACAUCUUUAUCGGAUCGUCCUUCAAAGUGCACAUGCUGAAGCUCGCCAAGCACUGUGGUCAGACAGGAAGAGGUUAUCGUCAUGGCAACGAGCAGCCAACCGUGGAGAUCUCCCUUAAGUCAGGCGAACAAAAUCAUGCUCGCUCUUCCUCGGACAAUGAAGACACAAGUACAUUCACCAUAUGACUCAAACACUUACAGUACGUACCAUCUAAAAUUUAACGCUGGAGACUGUUGAAUGUGUUCUAAGACAGUGGUUAUUAACAGGUAGGUAGAGACCCAAAAAUGGGUCACAGGCCAUGUGACCAAUAAAACUUGGUACUGGUGCAAAUAACUACAUUUACAUAACAGUAUUUUGGUGUAAAUCCAUCUGUCACUUGCUAGUAAGCUAGAAAAUUACUUGUAGGCAGAUUUCAACAUGGACAGGUUGCAUGACAUAACCUCAUCCUCCAUGAACAAAACUAUGCAAGGUCAAAGAUAAUACAACCCACACUACAUUAUAUACGGGUUACAGUACUAAAAUCUGGUAAAACAUGUGAAUCUGGGUCCUCAAGCCAACCAGUUGAGAACCACUGCUUUAAGACACCAUUUCAGAAAAGACAAGGAUGUCUAAGUAACUUUGACAUUUCACACAACCACUGCUCUUAGACACUAUUUUAGAAAAGGAUGUCUAUGUAACUUUGAUAUUUUACAUAAGCAGAUGUCAUGUACUAUGUUUGGUUAUAUUGUCUAUGACAUCACUGAUGACAUUUUAUUUUUAUAUAUGCCUGAAGAUCAAAGCAUGCCAUUUAUCAGUAGGCCUGCACAGAAUCCUUGUCUGCAGAAUUCCACAGAAAGCCCUGCAAAAUCUGCACACCUGUUAUUCACAAGGUCUUCCUGCUCCUUGCAUGUUUUUUUAAAGCAAUAAGCCACAAGAGGCCAUGAGUUCCAGUGAUUUUAUCAAGGGUAAAAGGUGUUCUUUUUUUUCUUUUAUCUCCUUUUCUCCCCAAUUUGGAAUGCCCAAUUCCCACUAUUUAGUAAGUCCUCGUGGUGGCGCGGUUACUCACCUCAAUCCGGGUGGGGGUGGUCUCAGUUGCCUCCACUUCUGAGACAGUCAACCCAUGCAUCUUAUCACGUGGCUCGUUGUGCAUGACACCGCAGAGACUCCCAGCAUGUGGAGGCUCAUGCUACUCUCCACGAUCAACGCACAACUUUCCAUGCACCCCAUUGAGAGCGAGAACCACUAAUCGCGACCAAAAGGAGGUUACCCCAUGUGGCUCUACCCUCCCUAGCAACCGGACCAAUUUGGUUGCUUAGGAGACCUGGCUGGAGUCACUCAGCACACCCUGGAUUUGAACUCACGACUCCAGGUUGUUGUAGUCAGUGUCAAUACUUGCUGAGCUACCCAGGCUCCCGUAAAAGGUGUUCUUUAACCCCUAAAUAUGUUAUGGCAUAACCGUAAUAAAUUCACUGUAAUGUACAGCCUUGAGUGUCUUAUUUUUUUUUAUAAAAUAGCAGCAAAAGCAAUAUAAUUAAAGGCACUAAUAUUAAUUGAAAAGUUAAAUGUAUUAAUAAUAAUCAUCAUUCUAAACAACAUAAUCAAUUGCAAUAUAGUAACAUACUGUAGUUCAUUAGUCUAACUGCAAGCUGUUUACAGUUGGCAAGAAAACAUAGUAACUUAUAGUUGACCCAAAAAUGUUGACCCAUUUACUCACCCUCAUGCUAUCCCAGAUGUGUAUGGCUUUCUUUCUUCUGCUGAACACAAAGAUUUUUAGAAAAAUAUUUCAGCUCUGUAGUUCCAACCAAUGCAAGUGAAUGGUGGCCAGAACUUUGAAGCUCCAAAAAGCAUAUAAUGGCAGCAUAAAAGUAAUCCAUGCCUUCUGAAAGGAUAAGACAGGUGUGGGUGAAAAUCAGAUCGAUAUUUAAUUAAAUUUUUUUACUAUAAUUUCUCCUCCCUGCCCAGUAGGUGGCGAUAUGCACGAAGAAUGUGAAUCGUCAAAAACAAAAGAAGAAUGUGAAAGUGAAAGUAAAGUUUGAUAGUAAAAAAAAAAUAAAAAAUUGAUUUCUCUCCCAUCUUAUUGCUUCUGAAGAUAUGGAUUUUACCAUGGAGUCAUAUGGAUUACUUUUACGCUGCCUUUAUGUGGUUUUGAGAUUAAAAAUGUUGGUACUCAUUCACUUGCAUUGUGAGGACCUUCAGAGGUGAAAUAAUCUUUUACAAACCUUCAUUUGUGUUUUGCAGAAGAAAAUCAUACACAUCUAGGAUGGCAUAAGGGUGAGUAAAUGAUGAGAGAAUUUUCAUUUUUGGGUGAAAUAUGAUUUCAAUGCAUUAGAAUUGAAUGUGCAUUCCGAGUUUAUCGGUAUUAUAAAAACACAUUUUUUCUAAAAUCAUAAAGCUAUUAAGUAGUGUUUUCUCCAUUUUCUCAGCUUGAUUUAAUACAUUUGUCAACAUUUAAAUCCAUUCCACACAAUUCAGUGCAGAACAGAUUUCAUGUGGGCAUAUUUAUGAAUUAUACUGAAACCACUUAUAGAAAGUGUUUACCAAGCUUGCAGGCCUUAUGUAAAAGAGAUGCCCUGAUAACCAGCAGUUAUGUAUUUGUACAGUUAAUGUAUAUCUCCAAUGUAAAUAUAUAUAUUUGAAGAAUAAAGCUUAUUUUAUAAACUUG